AUGCCUCGCGGGGCAAUCAUUGGCUUGCUGGUGGCCGCGGCUGGCGUUGGGGCUCUCCCCAAGCAAGAUCGCUUCCCUUCGUUCAGGAACUCUUCAAGCAGCGGUAUUGAGGCGACCAGCACCAAAGGCCUCCAAAUCCUCAACACCACAAUCAUUCACACUGCAACUCGCGACGCUCCCAUACCUAGCCCCACCACGGGCGAUCCCAGGGUUGUUUCCAUCACGGUCACCUCGACCGUGACCACAUGCAACAGGUUCGGGUUCUCUGGAGAACAGACAGCCACCUUCUCCAGCGCUGCCGAGACUGCGACGCUGGCCCCCAAUGUUCACUGGGGGCAGGAUACCAAGAAAGUCACCAAUGUCGUCCCCGUUCCGCCCAACAAGGGGUCGGAGAUGUACUAUGGCGUCGGUGAUCCAUCUAAGCGCGGCAGCUUUGGCGUCGUGACUUACAACUUUGUUUCGCCUUCUGUCAACCUCGACCACAGCGACCACGUCAAGGCCGAGUAUGACGAGAAUGGGGGCCUCAGAGUCACCUUCACGAACAAGGAUGCCUUCAAGCACGCGAGCCGGACUUGGGACCCCGCAGGUAAGGGACUGGUCUUGGUCGCCUACGGCAAGGGCUGUGAAGGAUAUCAGAUCGGGGAGCGAUGCUACUUCGACGCCACGCACCUAGUUGUGAACCGUGAGGACAUGACCAUCGACGUCUCGUGUCGACCCCAAGCUCCGAAUGACCUCAUCCACUCUGCAGAGGCGCGCUGGGGCUAUUGGGAUCCGUCACAGGGGCAGGACCCAGCCCACCCAGCACAUCAGCCCGCCAACACGGAGAAGAAGCCCGGAAACGACCAAUGUAAAGCUGGCGCAGACGAAGCUUCCAGCCUUUUCAUGCAACAGAUAUCUCCGGACCGUAACCACAUGUGUACCAACGACCUGGGCCGCCGCAGCUUCUGGUCCUGGAUUGACGACCACAUCAUCGAGCCCGUCGGAGACUUUGUCAAAGGCAUAGCCGAAGAUGUCACGCACUUUGCAAAGUCCCUGUCCGUCGGGGGUGACUACGACAAGACGCUUUCGUUCAGCCUGCCCAAGUCGAGCAACGGCAUAAUGAGCGGGCUGGUUGACCCUUUGGCGAAGCAGACCAGGUCGCCGUGGGGAGACGCCCUCCUCCUUGGGUCGCUGGGCCCGAAGCGCAAUGCGUCAGUGAGCAUGUACUGCGUGGAUUGCCGUGCGGGCGGUCGUGCCAACCUGCGCGGAAAGCUCAGAUGGGGCCCGGUCGAGGGCCUCACCGCGGGCGAGGUCGAGCUGCACGUAGAUGCUAGCGCUGCUUUCAACAUCGGCAUCGAUAUCAAGUACCCAUGGCAGGCCGACUUGUCCGUGGAUCUUUACCACCUCGAUCUAUCCGGCAUUGGGUUCGGGCCCGUCGUGAUAGGACCCAGCAUCAGCGUGGGUGUCCAUGUGGGACUGGCCGCCGAGGCCGCGGGGCGGAUGCUUGCGGGCACUGAGAUAGCCCUGAAGGACGCACAUGUGGUUCUCGAUCUUGUGAAGCCCUCUAGGAAUGAUGUUGGCAAUUGGAUGCCGUCCUUUCAUCCCAGGUUCGAGGCCGAGGGCCAUGCCAAGGUUGAAGCGACCUUGGGAAUGCCCCUCGGCAUAAACUGCGGCAUCAAGCUCGCGCUGACGAGGAGGAUGGUCUCGGUCUACAACGAGGUGUCCAUGUCUGUCAGCGCCCAAGCCGGGGGCGAGGCUGAGCUCGAAGACGACGGGCAGCUCGAAGCGGGAUUCGACAACACCAACGGUUGCGAAGGCAUCGACUUCGAAAUCAGCUGGCGGGACAGGGUCUGGGCUGACCUGAACGCCAUCUUCCUCGGCACGUAUGACCUCUGGGAUUCCCAGCCGCAGCCCCUGCUGAAACGCUGCCUCGGGCCCUCCGUGUACAACAAAGACAAUGGAGAGCAAAACUACGAGUCCACGAACACCUGGACCUCUAGAAGCAUCCUUCCCACAACCUCGACUGCAACACCACCCUGGCUACGGACCGCAAACAUCUCCAUGACGACUACACCGUCUGCCACGACCCCUUGGUCUGAAACUAGACUCGGCCCCAAACCAACGAACUCUCGCGCGUCCACGACUCUCGAAAAGCCCAGUACGGUGUACAAAUGGACUAUGCCCACGAUAGAACCCACAUCUACCGCCACGUCCACAUUGGUGCCGACCAUGCUCCCCCCUGUCACAGCGAGCCGAAGCUCUUCUCCCUCAGUGCCCGACCAUCACAGUUCGGACAGCUCAGACUCAAGGCAGAGCACUCGCACCACGGAAGACACAGCAGACUCAGCAACAACGAAUGUCCCACCGUCGCAGACACAGGCGCCGCCCGCGCUGGACAAGCCAUGGAACGACAGCAAAGGAUUCGAGCACGGCCCCCUGAUGGACUACAACCGCACCAUCAAGGUUACGUCCUGCGGCGAUGGCAGCGUGUACGCGGUCCCAGCCGGGGCCAAAGAAGCCAGGUGCUCCGACCAAUGGAUCACCGACCCGGACAACACCGUCAUCGGCCACGGGCCCUGGAACAACCUGUACUACUCCAACGACACCAUGGACGCUGUCGGCGUCUCGAAGCUGAGCGUCGGCACCUGCGACGACCUACCCUCCGGCAACGCGGCCGCGCUCGUGGCGCACAACGACCCCAAGACGUCCCUCCCGCCCCGCUACAUUGCCGUCACUCCUUACAAACAAGUCUUCUAUCUCAUUGUCUGCAACUUUCUGGACAUGGACGGCAGUCAGGUGUUCCUGACUAGCCAUUCCGUCGCGGGCAUCAAGAAACUGGAAAGCAACGAGGGCAUUGAGUCGGUGACGAGCUUCAGGGUCGACCAGUGCCGAGCGCUGAUGCUUUCCCCUGGUAGAGAGGCGCGGAGCUGCACUCCGUAA